GCCUGCAGGCUUUUAUUGCCAGCAGGCUGAGGUUGGAGAACUCCCUUCUGUCUCUCGCUUCAACCUCAUGUUUUAGCUUCUAAUAGCGGUGGGGUGCCAGCUAAUACAAAUUUCAGCCACAAAGCACAAGUCUUCAUUCCCUCAGCUCUUAAAAGCAAACCCUUUCAAUUUGCAAAGUGCAGAUAUAAUGGGACAGCAUGCCUCUUGCUAGGAUUGGCAGUUGCUUGGCAGAUGUGUCACAGAGCUGGAGGGGGCGGAGCUAGAGCUCUCUGUGAAACAUUCAACGGGAAGGUUUUUUUCUGCCUUACUGUGUGCUGCUCUGUAAUUCUGCCUUGCCUCAGGUUGUGCUGAAGGAGAACGCUUACUUAACCUGAGAGUUUUAACUAGAACGAACUUUCAGAAGGUUUGCAUGUACCGUACCAGGAGUUACUGUGGAUUUUUGACACAGGUGUUCUAGUGGAGGAACCUGUCCAAGCUUUACCUUUGCUGUUCUGUAGUUUGUUACUCAGGUCAACACUUCGGGACAAACUCUAGACUGGACAGCUGGAGUUUCCUGUUUGGAACUACAUCAGAUGUCGUCCGUCUAGAAGAGUCGCAUCUGCAGCACGUUCUUGGCCACUUAAUUUGAUUCUCAUUCUAAGAGAAAAAAACAAGCCAAGGCUAAGCUACUGACCAGCAUUCUCUCCUCUUCCACCCAAGAAAUGAACAAGAUGAAAAACUUCAAACGACGUUUUUCUCUGUCCGUACCAAGAACAGAAACAAUUGAAGAAUCUCUCACUGAGUUCACAGAACAAUUCAAUCAGCUCAACAACAGAAGAAAUGAAGGCAUUGAGCCAGAAGACCUGCAGCUGAGUAACCUUAGUUUAAACUGUAGGAAUGCAGGAACUCCAAUAUCUCCCUCAGAGGAUGAAGAUCUAUCACCAACUGCAUUAAAAUACCGAAACCACCGACAACGCAGGUUCUCCAUGGAGGACAUAAGUAAACGUCUUUCUCUUCCUAUGGACAUUCGUCUUCCACCUGAGUUUUUGCAAAAGUUACAGAUGGACAGUCCUGACCUACCAAAGCCAGUAAGCAGAAUGUCACGUAGGGCCUCACUGUCUGACAUUGGAUUUGGGAAGCUAGAAACCUAUGUGAAAUUAGACAAGCUUGGUGAAGGAACAUAUGCAACAGUGUUUAAGGGCCGAAGUAAACUGACCGAAAACCUGGUGGCUCUGAAGGAGAUCCGACUCGAGCAUGAUGAAGGAGCACCCUGCACUGCAAUUAGAGAAGUGUCACUACUAAAGAAUCUGAAGCAUGCCAAUAUUGUGACCCUCCACGACAUUAUCCAUACUGAUCGCUGCCUCACACUGGUCUUUGAGUAUCUGGACAGUGAUCUGAAGCAAUAUCUGGACAACUGUGGGAACUUAAUGAGUAUGCACAAUGUAAAGAUCUUUAUGUUCCAAUUGCUGCGUGGGUUGGCGUACUGUCACAGGAGGAAGAUUCUGCACCGAGACCUAAAGCCACAAAACCUGCUAAUUAAUGAAAAAGGCAUCUUGAAGCUAGCAGACUUUGGUCUAGCCAGAGCAAAAUCAGUCCCAACCAAAACCUAUUCGAAUGAAGUGGUCACACUGUGGUACCGACCGCCUGAUGUUCUUCUGGGGUCCACUGAAUAUUCCACACCAAUAGAUAUGUGGGGUGUGGGCUGCAUUUUGUAUGAAAUGGUCACAGGAAGGCCGCUGUUCCCAGGGUCCACGGUGAAGGAAGAGUUGCACUUAAUCUUCAGGCUUCUAGGUACCCCCACAGAAGAAUCAUGGCCUGGAAUCACAUCCAACGAGGAGUUCAAGGCUUACCAUUUCCCACAGUAUCGACCCCAGGCAGUGAUCAAUCAUGCGCCAAGGUUGGAUGCAGAAGGAAUUGAACUUCUGAUAAAUCUUCUACUGUAUGAUUCCAAGCUACGGAUAACGGCAGAAGUAGCACUGAGGCAUCCAUAUUUCAGAAGCCUUGGUGAACGAGUACACACUUUACCUGACACUGCCUCUAUUUUUACACUAAAAGAAAUCCAGCUACAGAAGGACCCUGGUUAUCGAGGUGCCAGUUAUCAACAUUCAGCACGUGGGAAGAACAGAAGACAGAGCAUAUUUUAGACUGCCAAACUGGAGUCUACGAUUUGCCUUUUCAUCACCUCAAAUGUGAACAAAGUAUUGAGUAAGGACUGUUAAAACGUGUUUUAUUUUCUCCUGCUGAGAUGUCAAAAAAGUUGAACACAAUAUGGCUGGAGAUAUUGUAAGGGUUGGAUGCUGCUUGUUAAACUUCAGCCCGCUAAUGUAGUACAGCAGCAAAAGCAAAAGGCCUGUUUUAAAACGUGUUUUGGCACUAGUCAGACACCAUACUGUGUACUACAUGUCCACAAAUCCGCAUAACACGUAUGUGACAGCCUGCUGUGAGAUAAUAAAGACUCAUUAGACCCACAGGUGUUUAAGAAAAAAACUUGUACUCUGUUUACUCCUACAGUAAUUUUUUGAUGUAAUUAUUUUUUUCUGUGCCAUAUUAUCCUCUGUCAUUGGUUAAUCUUUACUGAUCUGUAGGCAAAUGAAAUAUUUCUGAUUUGGUUAUCGUUAAUAGGGAGCAUCUUACCACUGUAAUACUGUUAUCUAUUAACCAGUUGCAUUUUAAUUCAUUGACUACGUAAUUCUGUGAAAUAGUGAGGCAUACACUGCAUUACAGCAUUCUAUAAAUAAUAGACAUACUUACCAGUACAGGCAGUAGAAAUUCCAUGAGGUUUUAUGAAAGGGCAAAAAUGAGGCCCAGUAACAGAAUGCGAGCCAAAAGUGUGUGUGUGUAGAUAUAUAUAUAUAU